AUCUUGAACAUUUUUACCCAUUUAACGGAAAUAUUAUCGAAAUAAGUUCUGAAAAUAACUUUCUAAAAUUAACUUUCUAAAAUUAUUUGUGAAAAUUAGUAUCUGAAAAUAAGAUUGUGAAAAUGCGUUAUAUAUCAUCGGUAGUGUUGGGACUGUAUUUAACAUUGUUGGCGAUAGCGGCAAUAAACACUCAGAGGGGCGGGAGUUUCCUUAACUAUGGGACGACUGAGCGUGGUCACCCAAGUCUCCAGUCAGAUGAGUUAGAUGCUCUUGGCACUCCUGAGGAGGGACCUAGAAGGGGAAACCCUGGCGUAUUAUCUAAAGUGAAAGACUUCUUCUACUCUGACGGUAAAACACUACACAAAACCCAUAACAAUGUGUUGUUACUUUCAUUUGAAGGGUUCAAGAAUGUGAGAAACAAGCAAGUGGUAGAUAACACACAUUUACAGGUACAAAAGACCCUAGACUUGUUCAAAAAUAAUACUGAGAAAGGUGUGCUCCACUUCAGUACAAGGGAUAAAUUACAGCCCAAAAGUACCAUUAACAAGGCCACCUUUAAGCUUAAUAAACUCUUUGACGCUAAGUCGCUCGGUUUCAAAUGCCCUACCAACGCUGUCAAGCUCUACCUCAUUGAGCCACUCAAUGACGAGCUUAAAAUCAAAGUGCUCAAAGGGCCAAUCAAAGUCGAACUCAAGAAAAGUGAAGUUGAAGUUGACGUGACCAACUUCUUCAGUGAUCUCCAAGAUGACACUCCUCAAGUGAAAGGGAAUUUGAUGCAAUUUUUGGAUUUAUCAGUGAGAAAAGGUGCGACACCAGCGAAAUCAGCGCCUGGCGAAGAUGAUUUAGAAUUCGAUGAUGAGCCUGAGGAAUCCGGUGAUCAAAAGGACGAGGAGAACGACGAGAAUUUCUUCGGAAAAGAAGGUAGCAACAGGGAGGAAGCUGGUGAAUUGAUGCCUUCAGGAGGAGGAACAAUUGACAAGUAUCUGAUGCUGGAAGCGGAUUCAAACUGUUACUUCGCCUUUGACGUGGAGAAGAAUAAGCCGAAAAUCAAGAUUGAAACUUCGAAGAAGACUACUACAAGGCUUAAACAGGCCAAUAAAGUUGCUAUUGGAGGAGUUGCUACCGCCGUAGGAUUAGUCAUCUUCGGAGCUGUUUUUAUAAUCCUCAGGAGCAGAAGAACCGAUUACUCAUACUUUUACGAUAAACAAAAUGAAACCGCAGCCCUAACCUAACAUCUCAAUUUAAGAAUCACACAAUCAUUUCAGAUUUUACUUAAUCAUUUCAGAUUUUACUUAAUCAUU